AUGGCAGUGGCAGUGGCAGUGGCCGCGACCACCGUGUCCGGUGCGGAGCACAACCGCAUUAUGUGGCGGAUGAGGCUGCACUCUGCACUUCGGACCGUUUUGGCGUAUAGUAUAAUUGGCUGCUCCACUCUUUAUGGACCACCUUGGUUAAGAAAAUUAGCAGCAUUUCCAGCAUUCUCAUACGUAACAGCUACUCUCAUCACUAGCGACUCGACGUUAGGUGACACAUUGAGUGGCUCAUGGCAUGCAAUUCUCGCCACAGUUCAAACCGUUCCGCUUUCCAUACUUGGCGUAUGGAUAGCGGCCAAUGGGUCCGAUAGGCUAUCACCCGUUGCUUCCGCCCUGGCAUUAGCACUAACUUCGUUACUGGUGUCUCUCGUAGAAUGUACGCAUUUUAGGUGCAAAAAGAUUGCUUUUGGGCAACUAGUGCUUGUGUUUGCUGAUGGUGUUAUUCGUGGAUUGAAUACAAGUGCUUUUGUCCACCCUCUUCGUGUUGCAUGGAGCACAGUCCUUGGAAUCGUUGCUUCUCUUCUUGCUUUAUCGCUUCCCUAUCCGAGGCUAGCUUACUAUGAGGUUUCAAUCAGUUUAACAUUUUCUGAUGAAGCCGUAAAGAAGUACUGGUCUUUAAGCAUCGGUGAAUUUUUCGUCAGAAAACUACACCGAUUAUAUGCUGAAAACUCAAAAGAGAGAAUGGAAGUAUAUUCAAGGGCAAUCACUUCCCAAUACAAUUUUAAUGCAGUUGAACUAUUGUCCAAAGCCAAGGUCCUUGCUCAAACAGGACCCAAGCUUCUCCAAAGCUCCAAAGUUUUGAAGGGAGGUCUAAUGUGGGAAACACCUUGGCUGCUAUUUUUCAAAUGUUGUUCCGAAGUUCCUAGAGACAAUGAACUCAAAAACAUGGAAAUAACAAUAAGAGGAAUGGAAAUCGCCCUAUCUUCAUGUCCUUCAUUUUCCACUGGCCUGGUGACCGAAGAGUUAAAGGGCGCGUUACAACAUAUAUCUGAGCAAAUUGGUCGAAAAUCAGACCAAUCUACUCAUCAAGAAACAAAAGUAGACUUUCCCAAUUAUGAAUCCCCUUUGAUCCAUAAUGACACCAUAUCUCCGACUCAAACAAGCCUCCCUGCAUUUUUCUUCUUAUCUUGUGCAAAAAUGCUGCUUAAUAAUUCAUCCCAAUCACUUCCCAAAGAUUCCAAACCUAAUGCAGAGGUUCAUUCAAGAAGAGUGUGUCAUAACAUUUGGAUGAAAAGGCCAAGAAAAGAAACAUUGGUGUUUGCAAUUAAAUGUUCUAUUUCUUUAGGCCUAGCUAUGUGGCUAGGCCUACUAUUUGAUAAAGAAAAUGGUUUUUGGGCAGGUCUAACAGUAGCCAGUAGCUUAGUACAAGGCAAAAUAGCAACAUUUACUCUUGCUAACGCACAGGCACAAGGAAUUGUAUUCGGAUCAGUCUAUGGAGUCCUCGGCUGCUCUGUCUUCAAAAGUAUCGACAACUUAAAAUUCUUAGCCCUUCUCCCUUGGAUUAUUUUCAGCAGUUUUUUGAAAAAUAGCCGGAUUUAUGGCCAAUCAGGUGGAAUUUCAGCAUUAUUAGGAGCGGUCAUGAUCUUAGGACGAAAAAACUAUGGCCCUCCUAAUGACUUUGCCAUCAUAAGACUAACAGAAACUUUUAUUGGAUUGUCUUGUUUCAUUGUGGUACAGUUCUUAUUCAAUCCGAAACGAGCGGCCAAUCUUGCAAAGAAUCAAUUACAUUUCACAAUGGAUAUUCUCAAAGAUUGCAUGAACCAAAUAGUGCAAAAAGAGCAGCCAGAACUGCUGGGAUUAAUGGAAAAACAGAGGAAAUUAAAAUCCCAUAUCCUGAAUUUGCAAAAAAUUUCUCAUAAUGCAGAAGUGGAGCCUGAUUUUUGGUUUCUUCCUUUUAAUGCAACUUGCUACAAGAAGCUCCAAGGCUCUUUAUCAAAAAUGGCCGAUUUAUUUUACUUCAUUGUCUACAAUAUCAACAGUAUGUCACAAGAUUUUCAAAACAGCGGUGUUGAUAAUUGGAAUGAACUCCAAGAAUGUAUAAAUGAUGAAUUGGAGCAUUUGAAGGAAAAUUCAAUUCUGUCACUAACUUUUCUUGACAAUAAGCCCAGUUUGAUCAAGUUGUUCCCAGAUGAUGAUCAAGAGGAGAAAAGACUUAAUGAUCUUGAGGAGGGGAAACUACCAACAUACCCCAAGUCAAGUAAUUUGAUUAAACAGAAUGAUGAAAAAGGAGAAAGAGGAUUAAGUUUUUUUCUUGAGAGAUCAAAAGAGGUGAUUGACCGAAUAUUAAGUAGCCAAGGAAACAAGGAGCUAAAAGGAAAGUCAAUUGCUUCAUUGUAUGCUCUGGGAUUUUGUAUAAGCAGCAUGCUGAAAGAGAUCAAAAAUAUUAAAAUUGCUAUGAAGGAAUUGUCACACUGGGAAAGUCCUUAA